AUGUCCACCAUCUAUGCCCUCUCUACAUCUGCCGCUAAAGCUGCUAUUGCCGUUAUUCGCAUAUCUGGCCCACAAGCUCGUCUUGCUCUUGCCGCACUGACGCCCAAGCGUGUCAAACCUCGUCAAGCUCACCUCGUCAAAUUGAGGCAUCAGGGGCAACUUCUUGAUGAAGCCCUUGCCUUCUACAUGCCAGGCCCAGCUUCUUUCACGGGCGAAGAUAGUGUUGAACUUCAUGUACACGGUGGCAAAGCAGUCAUUCGGUCUGUUCUCGCUGCACUCUCGAGUCAUAAGGGGCUACGGUACGCUGAACCUGGUGAAUUCAGUAAACGUGCCUUUCGAGCUGGCAAGCUGGAUUUGACACAAGCAGAAGCACUUGCUGAUCUGAUACAUGCAGAGACGGAGCAGCAACGACGUGCUGCCGUAUCACAAGCUGCCGGAGCCCUUGCAAAACGAUAUGAUGGAUGGCGAGAACAGCUGAUUCAAGGACGUGCCAUGCUGGAAGCAGUGAUUGACUUUGGAGAAGACAAUGAGAUUGAUUCAACAGUCGUGGAACAGGUACAGCAACGUGUCAGACAGCUUCAGGAGGCGAUACGAAACCAUCUCGAGGCAGGCGUCAGGGGUGAACGACUGAAGCACGGCAUCACAGUGGCUCUCUUUGGUCCACCCAACGCAGGCAAGUCAAGUCUCUUGAAUUUGCUAUGUCGUCGCGAAGUGAGCAUCGUGUCAGAUGAAGCAGGAACGACACGCGAUGUGGUGGAGACGAUGCUUGAUAUUGGUGGGUAUCCAGUGAUUCUUUGCGACACAGCGGGCCUCAGGGAUGCACAGGGUUUCGUUGAACAACAAGGUGUGCGGCUUGCUAACAUGCGAGUCGAGGAAGCGGAUCUCAGAUUAUGUGUCGUGCCGGCAGGCGAGGCGAUGGAUCCAUUGACACAAGCGCUCGUGACGCCAGAGACGAUGCUCGUUGUCAACAAAGUGGACUUGCGCUCGGAUGCGCGACAGGGCCAUCACCUAUCUUGCACAACACACGCGGGUGUUGAUGCAUUUCUGGCGGCAUUGACAGGCAGGCUACAAGCCCUUACGAGCGAUGAACAUGGCCAGGGUCUCGCACUUGGCACAACAGCCCGACAUAGAGAACAGUGCGAGCGGUGUUUGGAACACUUGGAUAUCUUUCUACGCUAUGACACUCAUGGAUUUGACUUUGUAUUGGCGGCUGAGGAGCUGCGGUAUGCGGGCGACUGUCUGGGUCGUGUGCUGGGAAGGAUUGAUGUGGAGGAGCUGCUGUCUGUUAUUUUUCGAGACUUUUGCAUUGGCAAGUAG